AUGGGUGAGAAUGGCAAGGCCGGCAAGGCCAAGACGGGGAAGGAGAGGUAUAUCAAGGGAGCGGUGCUCGGUGAGGGCACGUUCGGCGUGGUGACAAAGGCAGAGGACACGCUCACGCAGAAGGUUGUGGCGAUCAAAAAGAUCAGGCUGGGCAACUACAGGGAGGGCAUCAACUUCACGGCGAUCCGCGAGAUCAAGCUGCUGAAGGAGCUUCGGCACCCGCACGUCAUCGAGCUUGUGGACUGCUUCCCGCACAAACGCAACCUCAACCUCGUCUUCGAGUGCUGCGAGUCCGACCUGGAGGCGGUCAUCAAGGACAAGUUCAUCCCGCUCGGCACGCCCGAGAUCAAAUCGUACAUGGCCAUGACGCUGCAGGCGGUGGCCUACUGCCACGAGUGCUGGGUCCUCCACAGGGAUCUCAAGCCCAACAACCUCCUCAUCGCACCCGACGGCGCGCUGAAGCUCGCGGAUUUCGGCCUCGCCCGCGUCUUCGGCUCCCCGAACCGCAAGUGGACCCAUCAGGUUUUCGCCCGGUGGUAUCGCGCGCCAGAGCUGCUGUUGGGCAGCAAGACGUACGGACCGGGCGUGGACAUGUGGGCCGUGGGGUGCAUAUUCGCCGAGCUCAUGCUCCGCAAGCCCUACCUACCGGGCAACAGCGACAUCGACCAGCUGGGAAAGAUAUACGCCGCGCUCGGGACCCCCACGGAGGAGACGUGGCCGGGGCACACGACGCUCCCAGACUACAUCGAGUUCACCGCGCAAACGGCGCCCAACCCUCGUGCGCUCUUCGUCACCGCGCCCAUGGAGGCGCUCGACUUACUCCAGGCGCUGCUGGCGUUCGAUCCGAGCAGGCGUCUCAGCGCGAGGGACGCGACGCGUCACCCGUACUUUUCGUCUGCACCGCCGGCGACGCCGUACCCGAACCUGCCCAGACCCUCGAAGAUCUUCGGCGAAGACGGGGAUGGUGGGACCACCGAGCGAAAGUCGGGCGACGGAGGGAGGGUUCAACGAGCCUCCGACGCUUCCGACGCCGACGGGACGGAUGAUAAGACGAUGAAGCGGCGGAAAGCUGGGGAGACGCCGGCGCCGAUGUCCACGGGGCCCCACGGUGGGCACGGUGGGCUCGGGGUGAGCGGGAUCGGUUUGAGCGGGAUGGAGCUGAACAGCCACGACAGGCCGGCGCUGAGCACGGUGGACAGGGCGUACCUCCGGAAGCGGAAGCUGGACCUCGACAACGCGUUCGAGGCGGCGAGCCAGGACAUAGAGGAGCCGGACGACCCGAUGGAGUGA